AUGUCGCUCAAUGCAUCGAUGCGUGCGGUUCUGUGGGAAGGGGUGCCACUGGAGAUGAAUGUGGCCUCAGUUCCAGUUCCAGUGAUUCGAGAGCCAACCGAUGCUCUGGUCCGAAUUACCGCCUCGGCGCUAUGCGGCACUGACCUGCACACUUACCAUGGUUUGUUCGGAAGUCCUAAUGUGCCCUGGAUUAUGGGCCAUGAAGGGAUGGGUUAUGUCGAACGGGUUGGCGACGCGGUUUCGGCGUUGACUGUCGGCGACCUCGUCGUCGUCCCAAGUCAAGCCUCUAUCGGCCAUCUCGCGAUGGGACCAGCCUUGCCUGAAGGGUUUGGCUUAGGCACUACGUACGGUGAUGGAGGUGGCUGUCAAUCUGACACGGUCGAUGAUAUCGAAUACCUCUUCCUGUCUGAUAUUUUCCCUACUGGCUGGGCAGCUCUUGAUUUCGCCAACUUUGAGCCAGGCGAUACUGUCGCCGUUUUCGGAGCCGGACCAGUGGGCUUAUUAGCUGCUUAUUCUGCUAUUCUCCGUGGAGCGACGAAGGUCUACUCUGUUGACUAUGUGCAAGAGCGCCUCGAUCUGGCCGCCUCCAUUGGAGCUAUCCCUAUCAACUUCCGAGAGUCCGACCCGGUGCAGCAGAUUCUAGCACACGAGCCUGACGGUGUUAUCCGAUCCCUUGACUGCGUGGGUGCGGAAGCCUUAAACAACCAACUCGAAAGGCAGCAGAAUAUCAUUCUUAACCAGAUGAUUGAAGUAACAAGAGCUCGGGGUGGCAUCGGCAUUGUGGGCGAGCACUCGACUGUAGGAAACGACACUGCUGGUGCGCCCCUUGGAAGUACCCUGGAACCGAUUUACGAAUUUCCAUUCUCCCAGCUCUACAUGAAGAGCCUUUCACUCCGAGGUGGCUCAGUCGAUCCUAAGCUUUACGCCGCUCAACUCGCGGAGAUUAUCCAGAACGGAAAGGCCCGUCCGAGUUUCAUUAUCAGUGCAUUGAUUGAUAUGGAGGAGGUCCCUCAGUAUUACCAGCUUUUCGAUCAGCGGCAAGAGGUCAAGGUGGUCAUUCGCUUCCCCUAA